AUCUUGCAGUAUUGGAAAUUCCCAAGUCCGCUGGCCGCAAGUUGAACAGGCGUCGGACCCCACACCAACGUCGCACUCCACAGGUCUGUAGCUUCCCAGUCUACAGUACACGGACAGUCGCAUUCGAAGCCAAUAGUCUCGGCAAUCGUUAAGUAUAACGAUUCAUUAACUUCACUCGUACGUCAAUUCGGGCUUAUCACUCACAAGUGGACAAGCACAGUUGCACUCACGGCGUCAAGGAGAAGCCAUUGUGCUUCACGACGAGGACCGCCUAAAUCUGCGAGCACUCACCGCGAUUGACCUCGACAACACGAACUUCCCACUGGCUUCCGCCGACGACGACAAAAUGGCGAGCCAACAACCAUAUCAAACCGACCCCGCUCUCAACGAUCCGUCUCAAUCACAGAAUGCUUCUGCCGCAGGCGGUGCCAAGAAGAAGAGAGAUCGUUAUGCUGGACAGGCAUAUGAAUUUGGUGCUGGAGGCAAUGCUGCAGGAGCGGGUGCCGCAGCAGGACAAUACUCAGCGCAGCCGACAGCGCAACAGCAGCAAGCUGCUGGUGGAUAUGGAUAUCCUGCGCAACAACCAUCUUAUGGCAUUCCCGCACAGCCUGCGUAUGGUGAUGCGAACGCUGCCAGCCAGAGUGGCUACCAGCAGCCGGCAUAUGGUGGACAAGGAGGCUAUGAUCCACCACAGCAGAGCAACCUUGCUCCUGCGCAAGGCGCUUCCAGCAUGCUCCAGGGUGUGCAAGGCGUUACACAGCAAUUCGCGCAGAUGGGCAUGGGAGGCCAACCUGCACAACCCGCGCAACCACCCGGCGCACAGUUACGACUCAAUCCGCUACAGCCAGUGGACAUCAGCCUACAAGGCCAGCCCUUCCAUGUCACGGACCUUGACCAGCCGCCACCACCGAUCAUCCUUCCCGCAAAUUCUUCUGUGACACCGUCGCCGCAUGCCAACGUCAGUCCGAAAUAUAUCCGCUCGACCUUGAAUGCUAUGCCUGCAACUGCUUCGCUCUUAAAGAAGAGUAAGCUGCCAUUCGCACUGGUCAUCCAGCCAUACGCCGCGCUGCACGAUGCCGAGGACAACAUUCCAGUACAAUACGAUAGCGUCAUUUCCCGUUGCCGGAGAUGUCGUACCUAUAUCAACCCUUUCGCGAGCUUUCUGGACCACUCUCAUCGAUGGCGCUGCAACAUGUGCAACCUCACCAAUGAUGUCCCGCAGCCUUUCGAUUGGGAUAGUGUCAAACAGCAGGCUGUGGACAGAUGGCAACGACCAGAACUGAACUAUGCUGUCUGCGAAUUUGUUGCUCCUCAAGAAUAUAUGGUCCGACCACCUCAGCCUCUAAUCUACCUCUUCCUGUUUGACGUCAGUUACGCUGGUGUGACAAGUGGACUUUUGGCUACCGCAGCACGAUGCAUUCUCGAGAGUCUCGACCGGUUACCUAAUACUGACCGGCGAACACGAUUGGGUUUCAUGGCGGUGGAUAGCUCUCUGCAUUACUUCAGUGUGCCCCGUGAUGGCAGUGAUAGCAACGAAGCGAAGAUGUUGGUGGUGAGCGAUCUCGACGAGCCGUUUUUGCCCACACCCGAGGAUCUCCUCGUCAAUUUGUCUGAAUGCCGCGCCAACAUCGAGUCCUUCUUGAGCAAGCUUCAAGGCAUGUUUGCCAACACUACCGUGAACAGCUCGGCCAUGGGAUCUGCUCUCCGGGCUGGUCACACAUUGGUCGGCCCAUACGGCGGCAAGAUCGUAGUGCUGUCAGCGAGUUUGCCAAACGUUGGCCAUGGCAAGUUGGAAAUGCGAGAAGACAAGAAGAUUCUCGGCACAGCUCGGGAGGGAAGCCUGCUUCAGACCCAGAAUGGUUUCUUCAAAAGUUUUGCGAUCGAAUGCAGCAAAUCUCAGGUCUCAAUCGACAUGUUCUUGUUCAGCGCCCAAUACCAGGAUGUGGCCAGUCUAAGCCAUCUCCCACGAUACACAGGUGGUCAGACAUAUUUCUACCCUGCAUGGAACGCAGCGCGCACAGAAGACGCCGUCAAGUUCGCUACUGAAUUCAGCGACUACCUCUCGACCGAGAUUGGUUUGGAGGCUGUAUUGCGUGUCCGCACGACCACUGGCCUUCGACCAAGCGCAUUUUACGGCAAUUUCUUCAACCGUUCGAGCGAUCUGUGUGCAUUCUCAGCCAUGCCCAGAGAUCAAGCAUACGUUGUGGAGAUGGCUAUCGACGAGACCGUGACCAAAUCCUUCGCAUGCUUGCAGGUCGGUGUCCUGCACACGACAUGCAAUGGCGAGCGUCGUAUCCGAGUUCUCACCCUGAGCAUUCCUGUCACGCAAAACAUGUCCGACGUCUAUGCCUCAGCUGACCAGAAUGCCAUCGCAGCCUACUAUUCGCACAAGGCUGUGGAGCGUGCUCUGAGCAGCGGACUUGACGCCGCUAGGGAUGCCGUUCAAGCUAAGAUGAUCGAAUUGCUACAAACAUACAAGAAGGAACUCGGCGGAGGUAAUUUGGGCGGUGGGGGUUUACAGUUCCCUGCCAAUCUUCGAGCAUUGCCCAUGCUUUUCCUGGGUCUGAUGAAGAAUAUUGGUCUCCGUAAAUCGGCACAAAUCCCCAGCGAUCUCCGGUCAGCUGCGUUGUGCCUGCUCUCAACUCUUCCACUUCCAUUGUUGAUCCAGUACAUCUACCCACGGAUGUAUUCGCUCCACGACAUGCCAGAUGAUGCCGGUCUGCCUCACCCCGAGACCGGCGCCAUCGUUAUGCCGCAGCCGCUGAACCUCACCUCUGGCAACAUCGUGCCUUACGGUCUCUACCUGAUCGACGAUGGCCAGACGCAGUUCAUCUGGCUCGGCCGCGACGCCGUUCCGGCGCUGAUCAACGACGUCUUCGGCACUGAAGACAAGAACCAGCUCAAGCAAGGCAAGACUAGCCUGCCCGUCCUCGACUCCGACAUGAACGAGCGCGUCCGCGCCGUUGUUGAGAAGUCUCGCGACCACAAAAGCUUGGGCUGCGCUAGUAUCACUCUUCCGCCGCUCUACCUCAUCCGCGAGGACGGCGAGCCGAGCUUGCGCCUGUGGGCGCAGACAAUGCUGAUCGAGGAUCGUGCGGACCAGGGUGUCAGCGGAGCGAUGUUUUUGGGCAUGCUUCGGGAGAAGGUGGUCUCGUAGAUGGUAGAUAGCAGAUGGCAUCAGAAAUGACGAUGAAUGGGGAAGAGGCGUUGUAGAGAUGGAGAGGAGUUGGUGUCCCAUCGAAAUCGUUGUUCACGCAAUGUUGGUCU